AUGCCUCCUCCAAACACUCCCAAUGAACCAUCGGGCGCGAGCUCGCCAACCUCGACUCGCCCCUCCCGCACCCACACAGAUCCUUCCAGGAACUCGGCGCGCUCAUUCUCAUCAGACAGCUUCGUACGUGACCUCGAGACGAUUUUGGCUGGUCCGUCCAGCCCGAGCGGUUCGACUUCCGGAUCAGCGACCCCGUCCAUGUCCACCACCCCAACUGGAGCCGACGAGCAAGACUCCCCCGGUGUGCGCCUUACACAACUUUACGAACGUUCCCCGCCACGAAGGACCACCCGCGUUACGAGAACUCCCAAUACGUCUGGGCCGCGGUGGACUCCCACAUACCUACCCCUUCAGACCUCCGAGUUCGAGUCGGAAACUCAAAGCCCACCAGAUGAAGCGAUUUCAGCAGGUUCAUCACAGAUUUCUGGGCCCCGGAUAGAUUGGCAAGGCCUUGAGUACGUCGGUCAGGUAGACGACAACCUACUGUGUGGCAUCUGCAAAACCCCGUACCACAAACCAACGACAACGAAGGCAUGUGGACACACUUUCUGUGAAGCCUGCCUAUACCAGGCAUUAGAGGAAGCAAGAGGUCGGUCUCGAAACCGUGCGCCCUGCCCACUGUGUCGGACAGAAAUGAAUGUCGGGGAAGAAAAGGGCCCGCGCAGGUUUGUCCGCGUCGUGGAAAUGAGUGCACAGCUAGACCGACUGGAAGUACAUUGUCCCAACGACGCGCAGCUCUGCAAGUGGACCGGCCCGCGAUCGAAUGUCGAGGCACACGUGCACAACGACUGCGAGUACACGCUAUACCCUUGUGCAGAUAGCAGCUGCGGAAAGAUGAUCAUCCGCAAGAGCCGCGGUGCCGUUUGUCGGCAUCACGAGGGGCCGUGUGCCUACUGUGGGGAGACUAUUGACCUGUCCACGGAGGACCAACACCACAUGAAUGCUUGUACCAAAUAUCGGGCAGCAUGUGAGUACUGUGGGAAAGAGUUUGCACGGGACACUCUCGCUGCGCACGGAGAGGCCUGCGGUAUUGAGAUGGCUAGUUGCUCAUACUCGAAAUUGGGCUGCUCAUACUCAUCUCUACGAAAGGAUGUUAUCGAGCACGAGAAGACUUGCGACCGCGGCGCCUUCAUGGAACUCAUGGACGGCCUUGAGAAGCGGCUCAAGGCCGACAUGACACAGAUGAAAACGUCUUUGACGACUCAGAUGGAGCAAAGAAUACAGCGUGAGAAACGGCAAUUGGACACAAGACUGCAAGAACUUCAGGAUGAGCUGCAAGAGGAGCGAAGGAAACGAGAAGAACUCGCCCGGAACCUGUCAAGGCUCGAAACCGGUGAUCUCAGGCUAUUGCGGUACAGGGACCCAUUGGCCAGUAGCGUAACAGCCGGCGAGGCCACGAACCAAGAGGGUCGCUCCUCACUACCCAUCCCGGCAGAUACCGAUUUCGAGCAGGCCGAAUACAUGUUCCGCAUGUUUGACGAGCUAGACACGCGCAUCUCCAACAUCUCCAAGGCUCUGAUCGACCAGGACGCCCGGCACUCGGUGAUGCUGCUCAACGAGCUCAUGCCCGUCAAGGAGCAGCUGGUCGAGGCCCGGAGUCAGCUUGGUGUCAUGGGCAUGCACGUGCGUUGGCUAAUGGACCUGCAACGGUCGCGCCAGAGGCAGACCACCGACGUCGUGGGCGGGCUGGGCGCCGCCGCCGCCGGUGCCGGCUCUUCCGGCUCCUCUGCUGCCAACAGCGACGCACAGUCGGGCUCGGUACAGACGGCCUCGGGAACCGGAGCCGGUGGUACUACUACUAUUGACUCCUCCGCUGGCCUUUCGCGGCGUGUGAGUGAUCGCGUUAGCCCUGUGCGCCCGAGCUUGUGA